CAAUAAAGCACCCCCUUCGACAAUGGUUUCUUUGUAGGCCCCGUUCCCUCGGAUUGCUGCCCAUCGGCUCCUCUAUAAAAGACCAGUGUCCUCGUCCUGAUCACCAGAUUUCGAGCUCUCCACGCAUGACUUCGACCACAUGUCUGCAUUUUAGUUGCAACUGUCAUUUGCUUGUUCUGCGGUGUGAGAAGGGAACGAGAAUAGAAGGCAGCCUGCUGUCCGGUGUUCUGCUUGCGUCACUGUGUUAAUUGAGAAAGGAGAAAAGAGAAGAAAGUCGAAAAUGUGUGUCGUCGACCUCUAUACCGAAAUCUAUCCCCACGAAAUCCGCAGGAAGAAGGUGACAAAGCGGUGUCUUCUCAGCUAUACUGGCUCUGGGGCCUGCCGGCGCACUCGGGUUUAUGACCAUGGCGCAUCCUACCAUGCCCGUCAUCCUGAACCGAAUCGGAUCCCUCGACCGUCUACCUCGCGAUCGCAGGGAAGCCAUCCGAUAGUCGAAGUUAGGCCGCGGGAUGCAUCAGCGCCACCAACGACUCGUGGACGGAUAGUCUCCAGCGGUGGAGAAGGUAGUAGAGUUCGAUUCCGGCUACCUUCCUUCGGACGAGCUAGCGACACGCGCGAGCUGGCUGGCGAAGAAGAUGGUCGGCGACCUGCACACCAGCCACUUCCCGAGGAGCGUUAUUAUACUCCUGAGCGGCCGUCUAGACGGGUCACCAUCGUUGAGCCGCCAUCACGAAGCUCGGGGGGAUUACCGUUCUCACCACCGCCUCUACCUCCUCCACGGCCACGGGCUCCCCGACCCCCAAGCCCAGUUGUUGAGCGCGAGCCUGUCCGGCGCCGACGAGCCUCAGUUCCAGUGGAAAUCCACAACCCGACAGGUGGGAUGGGACAGUCAGCACGGGACGGAAUGGGAUAUUCUCGCCGCGAAGACGACACUCUUAGACCUGGACAGGUGCGGGUUCCACGCAGCCCCGAUACCCGUGAUUCCAGGCGCGCAAACUCAUAUGUGACAACCAGGGAACCUUCUGCUCAAGGCCGCAGCCCGGCAGUCCGUUGGCAGGAACCCGACAACGAGCGUCGCAGCGAGUAUAGGACAAACAACACCCGGCGUUGGAGGCAGCCAUCUCCUGGACGGGGACUCUGGUCACAACCACCACCCUCUACUUCAAACCGAAUGACGAGCCGUAUCCGGCCACGCAUUAUCCAGGAAGGUCGCCGCCAGCUCUCCGAGGCGGGCAACCGUAUCUUCGACGAGGCCCGCCGCGGACUCCAGGAACGCGAGCGAGCCGUCUCUGGAGACUCUCGUCGACGGUCCUGGCGGUGGCUUUGAUUUCUGGUCUUUUUUUUUUUCCCUUUUGUUUCCUGUCUGAUCCUUUCCCUGGCGUUUCCCGGCAUAAUCACAUUCUGUGAACUUCUUAUCAGUCCCUGUGUUGUUUUCAAUCAUGUCAAAUCAUCAAGGCGCAUGGAUAGAGGGGUUUAUAGUUUUUUCUUGUUUCUGUUUAUUCCCCUUAUUCCCCUAAACCGGUUUGUUAUUAGCAUCUGGAUAGAAUACAUCAGGCGUUGUGUUGUUGUUUUUGCAGGUACGGAGCACAUAACGAGCCGAGGUUCAGCCCAACGUAUAUGGCAAGAAAGAAGCGGCC